GCAGAUUUGCCGUUCGGUUCGUCGUACUAGUGUGACCUAGUUUGUUCUCAUUUUCACAUCGGGUGAUAGUACUGAUGAUUUUAGUUAUUUGGAAAUCUCACCUCCAACCCCUAGCUUUGUUAUCAAUUGCUGUGACAGCGAGAAGAAGCACCCUCCUCGACGUGGACGUGGUCAGUUGGCGUGUCCCGACUUGGAGUGACGGCUGUGCAGUCCUAUGAUUCCUCCCAAACAUCUCAGCACUGGCCCCCCUUUCUAACUAACUACAUCGCUAACUUUAGUUAUAUCCUGACCUAUUUACACAUUCGCUGGAAGUGGAAGACCGACGGGAUUCAAGAUGUCUGUAGCGGGCUUAAAGAAGCAGUUUUACAAAGCCAGCCAGAUGGUGAGCGAGAAAGUAGGAGGUGCCGAAGGAACUAAACUAGAUGAUGACUUCAGAGACUUGGAGCGGAAAGUAGAUGUGACCAGUAAAGCUGUAGUGGAGGUAAUCUCCAAAACAUCGGAGUACCUUCAGCCCAACCCAGCAUCACGGGCCAAACUGUCGAUGUUGAACACCAUGUCUAAGAUCCGUGGUCAAGUGAAGAACCCAGGCUAUCCUCAGGCCGAGGGGCUGCUUGGGGAGUGUAUGAGCAAGUAUGGACGGGACCUGGGAGAGGACACAAACUUUGGUGGAGCACUAGUAGAUGUUGGGGAAGCCAUGAAGAGAUUGGCAGAGGUGAAAGACUCUCUAGACAUUGAUGUCAAACAGAACUUCAUCGAUCCUUUGCAAGGGCUUUGUGACAAAGACCUCAGAGAGAUACAGCACCACCUGAAGAAGCUGGAAGGCCGCCGCCUGGACUACGACUACAAGAAAAAGCGACAGGGCAAAAUCCCAGAUGAGGAGGUUCGACAGGCCCUGGAGAAGUUUCAUGAAUCAAAGGAAGUGGCUGAGACAAGCAUGUACAACCUGCUGGAAACUGAUAUCGAGCAGGUGAGCCAGCUCUCCUCUCUGGUGGAGUCUCAGCUGCAGUACCACAGACAGGCUGUGCAGGUGCUGGAGGAGCUGUCAGACAAACUCCGAGACAGGAUGAAUGAGGCUCAGAGUCGACCAAGACGUGAAUACACACCAAAACCCAAACCUAUCUUUGACUUUGGAGAUGACAACCAUUCAAACGGCGGCUAUCCAACCUCAAUGGCCCUUCCACCUUCACGUAAUUCAGAGCCGUCUUUUCCCUCGGCCAGAUUGUCCUUUCGGAAACCGAGAUUGUCUCCUGAGCAGCCGAGCUGUAAGGCGCUGUACGAUUUUGAGCCAGAGAACGAGGGAGAACUGGGCUUCCGUGAGGGCGACAUCAUCACCCUGACCAAUCAGAUUGAUGAGAACUGGUACGAGGGAAUGCUCAACGGCCAGUCUGGAUUUUUCCCUCUCAACUACGUUGAGGUCCUUGUCCCGUUGCCACACUAAUACAGAGAACAAGAGAGCCAAGAGGAGACUGAAGGAGAGGAGAGAGAAAGUAGAGAUAACAGAGAGGAUGUAAGUGAAGCCAAGAGGUGGUCUGCAGAAUAUUCAUAUUCACCCUCAGUUCCAACGCCAUCUUCACCGACAAGCACUUUUUGUCAUCGGGAUUUCUGGAAAAGAUGGUCACAUUUCAAAGUCCAAACCAGAGUAUUAACCUGUUCCACCUAGAGGUUCGGGGAUUUAUAGAUGCUAAAUGCCACAACAGUCAGAAACACUUCUUGAGGGCUGAUUAUCAACACAUUCAUCAGCAAUAUCUUCUUUAAUUACAAGUUAAUGAUAUAGUAAAGACAAUUUGUAUUAAUUCAGAUUAUUUUUAUGACUGAGUGACACUUUUUUUUGUUUGUGUGACUUAAGUCUGUUUCAAACUCAGGUUGGUCACCAACUCAACUGUCAGACUGAAACGAUCCACAUAAACCUCACAGUUAAGGUCAUUUCAAAACUGAAAAUAUUUCCAUGUGCUCCUUGAGGACAUGAGCUUGACUCUUAGUGCCACCUGCUGGCAGAGUAUAGCAUUACAUGUGAAAUGAAACUACACAAGUUGAACUAGUGUAAUGGAAAAAAAAAGACUGCAUUUGAGUGUUUUUGUAAGAAAAAAAAGUGGGAAUUCACCUCAAAUUUGUGAUUUAGACUAUUGUCAGAUUUGGCCUUUUCUACUAUCUUUAAAGAUUAGUGUCAGCCGUGCAGUGAUGAUCACUGGAGGCCUGAUAUUAAGUUUACUUGUAUUGUUUCAGUAUUUGAUUCCUGUUAGUCUCAGCUUACUACAGUAGUUUAAAAAGUUCCUACUGAAUAUGAGAGAAACUGUAAUUGCACCUUGGUCCUCUAAUGAGAUUUUCAUGUGUGUGUGACAGACUGACUACACCUUUACACACAGACCCAAAGUUAAAUGCAGACGUUGCACCUUUGUGUCACUUAGCAGGUGUGUGCAUGUAGUUUAGAGAUGCAGAACGAAUGGUUGUUUAAAGUUGUCUCUUUGUCCUUUUAAUAGAGGAAACAGAGCCAAAAAAAAGUCGUUAUAAAUGCAAUAGAAACAGGAUCUGCUAAUUGUUGUGUAACACAGCCAUAUUUACAUUUAGUUUUGGGCCUGUUUGUGGAAGCAAGUUUUUUCUUUAUGAGCCCAGUUUUAAGCAUCUGUGUAGAUAUCACUGCUGGCAGUGACUCGGUCUUUUCAUCACUAACUGUUCCGCUGUGUCUGUCCUCCCUGUCGUCUCUGAUAAUGUGAAACUCAUCCCUGUUUUUAACCUCUUUCUGACCCUUCUGACGUUUCACAACGGCUCUGACUCCAUUUGUUUGUUAGUACAUGGGGUUGGUAUGGACGGCCUUCUUUCCUUUUAAGCUUAUCUUUGAAGACGAGGCUGGGUCCUUGUUCUGGAUUUAGCCACGGAUGAGGUCUGAUCCAACAAACGCUGUAGAGUAUGAGGGAAAGACCUGGAGCGAAAGGGAAAACAUCAAGGGAAAAAAAAAAUAAGAUUAAACCCUUCUGACUAGAAUUGGAGAACUUUAGUUACCAAAUGUAAAUCAGUAGAUAAACUGUUUUCAUUGUAUUUCCCCUCUCACUAUCUGUGUUCAUCCAUCACUCACUGCUGCUAAAUUUUUUUCCCCCACUCCUGACGUUGGUCCUUGUCUAUUAUGUUUACAUCUGACAAUAUUUCAAUGCUUGUAUCAAGUUCAGGGCAAAGUUGAAGGACUGUCUGGAUCAUACUGUCCUCAGAAGAAAGUCCUUGUUUUUGUGCCUUUGGAAAAAAAAAUACUACAACUAAUACAGCAGCCAAAUCCUAGCUUAAGAGAAUGGUCAUGAAUUUCUUUUUCUACAUUUGGUUUUAAUUUUCACCUUUGGAACUUUUCCUGGGUAAAGAUAAAAUGCAUGUGAGCACAUUUCUUUACAUCUCUGACACUACAGGCAGUUUCCCGGACACGUGUUGUUAGACUAAUGUGAGGCGGAAACUGUUUUUUUAUGUUGAGUUUAACCCAUGUUUGGAAAGGAAAAAAAAUGUCCCACUGAUUUCAUUUUUUUAAAGGGCUAUGUAUUUGUAAUCAGUCUUAAAUGCUCUGUUGAACAACAUUAAAUCACUCUGGCUCUUUAUUAUUUUUAUAUACGAGACCUUAAAACAUUUAAAUUAAUCUUUGCAUGUAGUCCUCUAUCACAUCUUGUAAAUGUACAUGUUAGAUUUAAGUUGCCUUUUUACUUUUGGUAUGAGUACAGAAUUUAACUUUACAUUUCUUUUAUUAUCAAAGUAUUUGUACAUGCUUCUUUCUUGUCCCCUACUUCUGCUUCUUACAAUAAAUAA